AUGCGCCUAAUUCCACAAUCGCAACCGAGACUCUCCACACUAGCAUCACUCGUCCUUGUAUAUCCAUGGCUACUACACGCACCUUUUACUGCUGCCCAAGACUACGAUGAUGACGAUGGUGAUUACGAUGGUGGUGAUGAUGGAUCCUCACAGCCAACUACAACCGAUUGGGAUGGUGGCAAUGGUGAUGGAACCCCCACAACGACUACCUAUGAAGAUGGUGGAGAUCAACAACCCACGGCAACAACUACUUAUGAUGAUGGCAGUAUUGGGGAAAGCCCAACAACCACAAAUGAUUGGGAUGGACAAUACACCUCCUCAACUACCAAUUGGUGGGACACAACCAGCACCACAAAUUGGUGGGAUACUACAACAACAACCGACCUUGUACCUACUACAACGAUCGAUCCAACAGCAACAACCGACAGCAUUGAUCCUGAUGCUACCACCACCACCGAUCCUGCUAUUGAUACCACCACCACUAGUACUGAAGCGACUCCAACAAUCGAUCCAACGACUGCUCCAGCUGAUAAUGGUGGAGAGAAUAAGGGAGGAGUGAUUGCUGGUGCUGUAGUAGGCAGUGUAGUAGGUGCUGCUCUCUUGGGUGCUUUGGCUUUCUUUUUGAUUCGCCGUAGACGUAUUCAACGUCAAGCCGACGUGGAAGUCUUUCAACCACAAUACGAAGGAGUGGCUUCCCAUGACCUUGAUCAUGAUCAUUAUCCAUCGCCUUCUUGGAUUUCAAGUUCUCAUAACCUGCCAUCUACACCAGCCAGCAUGUCACAACCCAUGUUUUCCUCCAGAUCAAGCCUACCACCUCCUCCAACACCACAACAUCGCGUAUAA